GUCAUGGAACGCUUUUAAAUUUGUACAUUUCGUACAGAAAACAUCGGUGAAUGAUAAUUCUGCUUAAUAAAAAUUAAAUAAUAAUGCUAAAAAGUGACAAGUGAUAUUGUGUGUAACUUCAAAGAAAGCUAGAGAGGCGUACGCCAUAAUAUUGUUGUAAAAUUCAUAAAAAAUUAAGCAGAAAAUAGUAUUGUUUAAGAGAAAGAAAAUUGUUGGCCAUUUGUCAAAGUACGCCUUUCCUCUUGUGUGUGCCGUUUCGUUCGGGCUGUGUGGAGUGCUGCUGCUGCAUAAAGUGUGAGUGUUCGUUCACUGGUGUGCGUGUGUGAGCAAGGAAAAUUUUUUCCAAGAUAGAAAAAAAAAGAAUAGUGAAAUAUGAUUAACUAUUAAAUUACAACUGAAAAAGUACCAACAAGAUAUUGUGGAAAUAAUUGACAAGAGUCGGAAGAAAAAAAAUCAAUCCAAAACGUGAGUGCGUGUGUUUUUGCAGUCAUACGAUACGAGUGCCAAAGGCAGGCAGCAGGCAGGUGAAAGAAUCAACUAACCAACCAACAGCUGAAAGCUUGACAAAUCACUCCGAGAAGGCACCGGGAGAGAGAGCGAAUCGACAGAGUCUAAUAGAAAGUGCACGGCAUAGACAUUGAAUUUGGAAUUCGUAAAGAAUCAUUAACCCAGUUAUUGCUGUUGUUUUGUGAUACGGUUGUUUGUUGUCUCUAUUGUUGUUGCUGUUAUUGAGAGUGUAUCUUUUGGGGGAAAAUGUCCAGCGAAGAAGAUAAACCACCGGCUCCACCAGUCCGUCUAACCAGCAAUCGUGGUGGCGAUCGGGUGGGAGGUUCCAUAACGGGUGGCGGUGAUGGACCACCAGUCGACAUGAGACCCCUGCCAAAAGAACCCGAUGAUCCUGAUCGCAAGAAAAAAACUUUAAAAAAUAAAAUCAAAGGCUCCAAGCCAUCACAUCAGGAUUCCAAGCCGAAUAUAUCGUAUCCCACAAAUUUCGAACACACAGUCCAUGUGGGUUUCGAUGCGGUUACAGGUGAAUUUACGGGUAUGCCGGAAGCCUGGGCACGUUUGCUUAUGAAUUCGAACAUAAGCAAACAGGAACAGAAGAAAAAUCCUCAAGCUGUAUUAGAUGUGCUCAAGUGGUUCGAUAAUACCACCAAACAGAGGCCAAGUUCCAAGUACAUGACAAAUGCCAUAACCACACAUUCGGGAUCCUCAUUAAGUCGAGUGAGCAGCAGCAGUCCCAGCAGUACACCCACAGACAGUGAAUUGCAUGGCUCAAACAGUGGUGGCAAUUUGAUUGGUGUCAAUAUUGGCAGUUUGAAUAUUGGCGGUUCCAAUUCCAGUGGCUUGAUAACGUCUGGCGGUUUAGUUGGCAAUCACCAUACACCUUCGCAUCAUCAUCUGCAGCAGCAGCAGAUACCACAUCAGCCACCACAUCAUCUUCAACAACAUCAGUCACCACAAAAUGCCUCGUCGCACCAUCAUCAACAUCAUCAGCAACAGCAGUCCGCUGCCGGUCAACAUGCUACAAUUAGUCAAUCACAUUCAUACAACUUUGGUGGCAAUACAGCCUCAUCAUCAUCGCAGCAUUCGUCGGCGAACGAAGAUGACAUCUUGGGUACACCUCAGCCGCCACCACCUCCAAUUGCUUCACGACCCGAACGUACGAAAUCCAUUUACACACGACCCAUAGAAGAUGUUGUACCACAAGCUCCCGCUGUCACGCCCAUACUACCACCGCCCACAGCGGCACCUGCGACCACACCAACAACACCGCAACACAACAAUGUGGCCCAGCCACAAUUUAAAACGCCAACAUCCGUUGCCGCCUCAACAUUGGACAAGAACAAAAACAAUGCGAAUUUGUAUGCCAACGAUGCAAAUACAAAUAACCUAACAGCAGCCUCAGCUGUGGCAGCCACAGGCUCGCCAGCCGCUGGCGGACAACCAGCGACGGGGGGUACCACCAACACAACAGGUGGUACGACCACAACAACCACCCAACAACGAUCUGGAGCUGCGAAAAAGAAAAAAAUGUCCGACGAGGAAAUUCUCGAGAAGCUACGCACCAUCGUUUCCGUAGGCGACCCGAAUCGUAAGUACACGAAAAUGGAGAAAAUCGGCCAAGGUGCCUCGGGCACUGUCUACACCGCCAUCGAAUCUUCCACUGGCAUGGAAGUGGCCAUCAAACAGAUGAAUCUAUCGCAACAACCGAAAAAAGAACUGAUCAUCAAUGAAAUUCUGGUGAUGCGAGAAAACAAACAUCCCAAUGUGGUCAAUUAUUUGGACAGUUAUUUGGUGUCGGAGGAGCUGUGGGUUGUCAUGGAAUAUCUGCCGGGUGGUUCGCUAACGGAUGUCGUAACCGAAACCUGCAUGGAUGAGGGACAAAUUGCUGCGGUGUGUCGUGAAGUUUUACAGGCACUUGAAUUUUUACACUCCAAUCAGGUUAUACAUCGUGACAUUAAGAGUGACAACAUCCUCUUGGGCCUGGACGGUUCGGUGAAGCUGACCGAUUUCGGGUUUUGUGCACAAAUCUCACCCGAACAAUCGAAACGUACAACAAUGGUGGGUACACCGUAUUGGAUGGCGCCAGAAGUUGUGACAAGAAAACAAUAUGGACCUAAGGUGGAUUUAUGGUCCCUUGGCAUUAUGGCCAUCGAGAUGGUAGAGGGGGAACCACCCUAUUUAAAUGAAAAUCCAUUGAAAGCCUUGUACCUCAUUGCUACAAAUGGCAAGCCUGAAAUUAAGGAAAAAGAAAAACUUUCGGCAGUAUUUCAAGAUUUUCUUGAUCAAUGUCUUGAGGUGGAGGUGGAUCGUCGUGCCAGUGCAAUGGAACUGCUUAAGCACCCAUUCUUAAAGUUGGCCCGUCCCUUGGCCAGUUUGACACCUUUAAUUAUGGCUGCCAAGGAGGCCACUAAGGGCAACUGAUUAAAGCAGCAACACUGAUUUCUGUUGAAACUUAUUUCUUAAAAGAAAAAAGAAAAUAUAUAAUUAUAAAUUUGUUUUAAUUCAGUAUACAAAAUUCAUUCAUCAUUAUACCUUAUUAUUAUUAUUAUGAUUAUGUAAAACAAAAGAACAAUAGACAGACAGAAUAAUAAUAAUAUUAUUAUUAUUAAUGCUAACUAGGAGAAGAAGAAGUGAUCCCAUGGACAAAGUAAACAAUUACAAUGGGAAUACUUAAAAAAAACAAAACAAAACACUUAUAUAAAUAUUUAUAUAUACAUAGAUAUUAUUUGCGAAAGAAAAUUAUGAAAAUGAAAAAUAGAAACGAAAACAAAACAAUACUACUUAUAUAGAUUUUCAAAAUAACAAAAGCAACACCCCAUAAGAAACAACAACAACAAAAACUCCCAAAAUGCAAGUACUUUAUAUGAGGAAGAAAAAAAAAAGAGUAAACAAAAACCAACUAAAACAUUUAUUAACUAUUAUUAAAUAUAGAAACAAAAAGAAAACACGAAGAGCUAAGAAAGAAACCGACGAGAAAUUUAAUGAAAAUAAUAACAUUUACUUUAAUUUAUAUUUAUAGUUAUUAUAUAUAUUAUAUAAAUAUUAAAAAAAAAGAAGGAACUUAUUAAUAAUAAUAACAACAACAACUAAGCAAAAAGGCGUUAAACACCAUUGUAUUUAAAGUAAACAAAAAAAAAACAACAACAAGCAAAACAACUUUAUGAAAUCAUGUAACUCUUAUUUCUAAACUAUUAUACUUAAAGUCAACCACAACUACCUAACCUAAUAUUUCUUUUUUUUCUUUCUUUUAUUUAAGAUUAAACAAAACAAAAAUGUUUUUUUAGUAUUUUGUUUUUUUAGGGUUUCAGUUUAAAAUUUGUAUUGUAAAAUAUUUAGAGGAAAUCUGGUCCAAUUAUUGUUCUAUGAAAUGUGAAAUGGAAACUUUUAUAAAGGAAAGAAAUGUUAAAUGAAAUAUUUUAUAAAGGAAAUAUUUUUCAUUGCAUAUUUUCAUAGAACAAGAAUCCAGCACCUGGUCAUGGAUGGAAAAAGCUUUUCUAAAGCCUUCUUGUUUAUACCCUACACCACAAGGUGGUCAGGGUAUUAUGUCUUUGGGCAUUUGUUUGUAACAGGCAAAAGGAAACGAGAAAGACUCAUAGUUUCUUUUGAUGAUCUGCAUAGAAUCACAUUCUAAGUCGUGUCCGUCUGUCCAUGUAUUUUUUGUAAAAAAGGACAGGCCGCAUUUAUUACCCGAUCCAGUGUAAAUUUUACACAAAUCAUUUGUUUGACCCAAGGACUAACCCUAUGGAAAUUGGAGAAAAUCUGUCAAAAUUUAGAUAGCUCCCAUAUAUAUCUUUGCCGAUUUUGUCUUUUAUUGUGCACCAGACGUGUAAUUUUAGCCCAAAUGGGAUGAAAUUUGGCAUUUAUGGCCAAAUUGGAUCUAGAAACAAGUAUGUCAAAUUUUAUCGAAAUCGGUUCGGAUAUAGCUAUAGCUCCCACCCACAUUAUUCAUCCGAUUUGUUAUAUUUGUCCUCCACAGCCGUAAUAUGCACGCGGUAGUAACGAAAUUCGGGGAAAUAUAUCAAAUACAGCUCAGAAAUACCUUUGCCAAAUUUUAUCGAGAUCGGUUUAGA